CCUCCCCAGCGGUGACCUUCUGGUGCCAGAUCCAUAUCUGGAAUGGCUAAAGACGGUGAAAAAGAGACUUUACGUCUUCCGCCUGUUGGAUCGUGUCAUCUACGUUGGGCCUUCCAGCGAGUUAUUUGGCGUCUUCGGAGUGGUCAUUGGUUGCUACUCCGUCAACGGUGAAGAACGCCUCGAGGUCCUUUUUGACAAGUCUUUCGUGGGUGCAAUAUCUAUUCGGUACGUUUCCCGUUUGCCUUCUUGUCAAUCCUUAUCUUUGCUCUGCUUAGUGGCCCCCUAA